CCUCGAUGAACGCCUGAGAUUCGCCAACCCACACCUAUAAAGCAUCAACCCUCCUCUCUCGCCUCUCACCCUGCCGCCAUCUCGCGCUUCUUUGUCCUCUGUCUCCCUUGCUCCAUAGCAGGAACGCCCGAGGCGACCGCAUCUCCAAGAUGGUGCUGCAGAACGACAUCGACCUGCUCAACCCGCCGGCAGAGCUUGAGAAGUUAAAGCACAAGAAAAAGCGCCUCGUCCAGUCUCCCAACUCUUUCUUCAUGGAUGUCAAGUGCCAGGGCUGUUUCAGCAUAACCACUGUGUUCAGCCACUCCCAGACUGUGGUUGUGUGCCCUGGCUGCCAAACUGUUCUCUGCCAACCUACUGGUGGGAAGGCUAGGCUCACCGAGGGUUGCUCCUUCCGCCGCAAGGGUGAUUAGAUCCUGCUGGUUCUUUAGAGAAGAGAGAAUUUUGCUGUUUUGCUACCUUACAUAUGUACUCGUUGAGGAUUUUCUUAAUUAUGGCUGCUUAGCAUGCCCUGUUAAUGCUUGUGUAAAAGUGCACUUCUGCUAAGGGGCCCGUUGGUUUAGCUGAAAAUCAGUUGCUAGCAUUAUUUGUUGUGUUUUAAAGUGCCAUUUGUUUGGUUGCAUUGGUUAGAAAUGGCAACCUGUCCUAAUCUCCUAGGAUCACUGUGUCGAAUUUGCCUAUUAGUGUAUUGGACGGGCCUGAUGGCAAUUUCAAAAGGUCUCUUUAUAUUCUCA